AUGCGAAUGACCAAGCCCCUGUCCGUCAAACCCUACUUUGUUUUCCUUGAUCAAUUCCGGAGUAAUCUUCAAAGGCGCGGCAUUCAUCAACUAAAGCAGUUUGACGUGGCUAAAAUAGCAGGCAGAAAAUGGCGAGAAAUGACGCCGGCACAGAAGUCUGUUUUUAUUAAAAUAGCUCAGAUCAAUUGCUCUAGGAAUAGGACGCGUACGCGUCCAAGGCUUCCAGUUGGAGGAGUGAGGCGAUGCUGCAUUAAAAGGGCUUCCAAAUCGGAGAGAAAUUCUCUCUACCGCCUUUAA